GCCCCUAAGGCUGGAAAGGAUGGGACUGGGUGCCCUUAAGCACUGAGUCAGAAGUGUGAUUCACUGGGAGGACCACGAAAGUAGUUUCCAGUGACUGCUUCUUGACCCACUGUGUCCUGGAGGGAACAAUAUGGGUACUAACCAGUUCUUUGCCUACUUCUUCCUCUACGGAUUUACUUAGCUUUACUAUCUCCUUCCUAAAAGAAGACCAAGGCUUAACAUCAAGUGUUUCAGGUAAACCAUCUUUAAGCUACCAUAAGCUGUGAGGACAAUAGGUCACAAAGGGACCUCUGUGAUACAAGGAAAGACGUGAAAACCAUGUCCCAGUCUUCUCAAGUCCCCAAAGAAGAGCAGAGUGAUUGCAACGUUGAUAAAAUUAAGGAAGAAUUUAGAAAAAGAGCAAGUGACAAAACCAACACAAAUGAUGAAUGGGCAUUUUCACCUAAGAAAUGUCGGCAAGAUCAGACCACUUUCCCAAAUCAGACAAUUAGCAUCACCUUAGAUGGAAAUCAUAAGAAAAAUGAAAAAAUGAAAUACAAACUCACACAUAGGAAGACAGAUAGCUUAUAUGUAGCACUCAACACUCUCAAGGCUGUGAAGAAAGAGAUAGAAUAUCAUCAGGGCAAAGAGAUGCUGGUGUGUGGCAUAAAAGGAAUUGAAGGGUACAUAAACCCUGCCAUGCCCCUUUACUGUUUUCCAGAAGGCUGCCAUGUGCUCAUUACAUUCUCUCAAACUGAAAGUGAGCAGAGAGAAGAUAAGCAAGUGUUUGGUUCUCAGGAGCAGCUGUGUGCAGACUGCAUCAAAUUUUACAUCCAUGCCCUUGGGAAGAAGAAUGAAAGGAUUCUCAAGUGUAGAGAACUUCACCAAGAUGGGAACAAACUCUGUGUCUAUGGUUUCAAUGGAGAGAUCAUUAAGGACACUCUGAGGAAGGAUGGCAGGUUUCUUUUUGCAGAGAGUGAUCACUGGAAGCUCAUUAGUGACCUGGACACCAUCAUAGAAAACACCCAGCCAGUGGAUGAGUUAGAGGGCAAGCUCUUUCAGGUCGAGGUGGAGAGGAGAACAUGUCCUCAGGCAGCAGACUCCACUGAUUUAGAGAAGCCGUCUUACUGGGAGUUAAAAGCACACAUUGUGAAUGAGUAUCCAACCUUGAAGAGAGAAUGUGAAAAACUCAGAGCAUACAUCAAGGAAGAAAGUGAAAAACAAAGUAAGAAAACUUCCUCAUUUGAAAUGCAUAAAGCAAACUUCAGGAAAUUGACAAAAAACUCCACCCCAACUAAAGUACUCAAACUUCUUUCACAGUUCAGUGACUCAGUUGGGCUCAUAGUUUGGAACAACAAUGGAAAUGAAGGCUAUGCCACCUGCUUCGUUUUUACAGGAUUGUAUGUUUUUACUUGUAUGCAUGUGAUAAAUGACAUGGUGGGGAAAGGCGUAGAGCAAAGUAAGUGGGCAGAAAAAGUUAGUCAAUGUGCAAAAGUCACUUUUGAUUAUGAAGAGUUCCUGGCAAGUGAAGAUAACUGCUUUUCCAUUGAAUCUUGGUUUGAGAUAUACGAUGAAACUCUUGACUACGCUGUCUUAAAACUGGAAGAAAAUGGACAACAUGAACCUGCAGGGCUAUAUAAUGGAAUAGCUCCUGUGCCAUCUAGUGGAUUGAUUUAUAUUAUUGGUUAUCCUGAUAGAAAACAGAAGUUUAGUGAUGGCUGUAUCGUGAUUUCUCAAGAUCAGCACAUUCAGGAAGGAGAGGAAGUGGGUGGCAGUAAUCCCACACAGUAUAUCUAUAUGUACACCCAGAGAAGUUUCCAAGAAACAGUCCGUGAACUUGAUGUGGCUACCUGUGACAACAUUUUUUAUUGUGGGUCUUCAGGAUCUCCUGUAUUCGAUUCUAAAGGGUCACUGAUAGCCAUGCACACUGCUGGCUUCAUUUGUGAGUAUGAAAGUGGGGUUUCCAGUAUCGUAGAGUUUGGCUGUGCUAUAGAAUCCAUACUUACUCAUAUUAAGACAAAGCAUACAAAGUGGUAUGAUGAGGAAUGUGUAAAUCAGCAGGAUGUAGAAAUGAAUAGCCUAGAUUUUUGAGGACUGGGGAGAAUUUAGUCUGUUUUCUUUUUCCUUUUUAAAGAAGAAGAUUUCUAUUCAUUGAAAGUCUCACACAUUUAUACAACAUAUAUUGAUCAUAUCAUCUACUCCCAUCUUCUUUCAACUCUUGUAGCACCCCAUCUCUAUCUCACUUUCAUGUUUUUUUUAGUAUUAAUAAUUGAGCCCAAUUAGCACUGCACAUAUGCAUGUAAUUAUGUGGCCACCUACUGGGACAUGAACACCUUAUAAGCAGCCUUUUUCCCAAAGAAACGUGACAUUCCUUGCAUCAGCGGCCAUCAUCUGUCAGUAGCUCCUCAGCAAUGGAUAGUGUCCUGAAGGCCCCACUUCAUCCUUGAAGGAAUUUUGAUUGAUUUGUUCAGGUAGCCAUAGCUUCGGUGAGUAGAUGCCUGCAACAUCCGGUCACGUCUAUAAGUCAGCAUUCCAAGGCUCUCCUUUCCUUCUUCUGGUUCUUUUGUUCCCCCUUGUCCAUGAAGGUCCCUGAGGUUAUCAGGGUUGAUACAGAUGACCCAGCCACAACUGAACACUCACAGUUAUUUAUACUCAACACUUGAAUGUUUUUAUAAAUCUUCUCUAAUCAAUGUUGAGUAUGGCACAAAUCGCCCCAUGGCUGUAGCCAAUUUUCUGCUUUUUCAAAAUAUAAGAUGUCCAUUAAUUCUUUAAAAAAUGUUAGGCAUGCAUUUAAUGUAUUUUGAUCAUAUCGGCCUUUCUGUUCCUCUUCCUAACUUCUCCCCAUAACUCCUCCCAGAUCUACCCCACCCAACUUAAUAUUCUUAUUUUUGUUUUUAAAGUAACAUGAGUCCAAUUUGUGCUUCCCAUAUACUGACAUGUGUUGGGGCAUAUACCAAGGCAUGGUUGAACUAUCAGAGCCCAGAACCAACAACUGCAGAAAGGGUGGGAGGUCCUAAGUCCCUUCACUACCUGUUUCAACUGAAAAUCAGAUGGUAAUUCCUACUCCUAUAAUUAAACCUACUUAAAGACCUUGUGCUUUUAUUUGGAGUUCAUUAGCUUAUUCCAAAUGUCCCAUUAUUUUGUUCCCAGAUUCCACCCACAUUUAUAUUUAAUUAUCAUGUUGCUUUUAGGUUCCUGAAGGCUGUGACAGCCUUCUGGAGCUGCUGGUUUUGAUAGCCCUGACAGGAAGAGCACUGGGCAGGCAGUUUUUAGGAUGCCCCUCUAUUGAAGUUUACCUGAUGAUUUUUUUUUUUGUCGUUAUUGUUGGUUUUUAAGACAGGAUUUCCUCUGUGUAGCUUUGGAUUCUGUCCUGGAACUUGCUCUGUAGACCAGGCUGGCCUCAAACUCACAGAGAUCUGUCUGCCCCUCUCUCCUGAAUUCUGGGAUAAAGGUGUGUGCCUCCACCUCCUGGCUACCUGAUGGUUUUCUGAUGACUAGACUGAGGUGUGAGUUCCAAGGAGGCCAAUCACAGUCAGGUAUCAUUGUCUCACUAUCACAUCCAAGGUUCAUUUGUCCACAUGAUUCAUGCCUACUAUUAUUGACUCAGUUACCUGGCUGAAGUGGUAUUUGCAAGGUUUCUCCAUUGUGAAGGUAUACCACUUCUCCUCUUUCCACUUCCUGUAUGGCACCCAUGGGAAGGAAGUCACUAUGCACAGUCCCUGUUUAAGGAGUGUGGACUAUGUUUCUCCUUCCUGGAGUAGGUAAUCCUGGAGUAUCUACAUAAUCCCUCAAGAUGACUCUGCAAUGGGAAUUUCUUUCUUCCUAUUCACUUACUCAUUCAGUUAUUCAGGAAUCUCAGAAAAGUCAUAGAAACUGUGCUCCACUGCCCUAUGCACACGUGUCC